GUCGCAGCGGGUGCACAGCAGCGCCGCGCGCCGCUCGCCGGCGCGACGCCUCCCACCCGCGUUAGGCCGAUCGGCCCGCGCGUUUAGAGUGACAGUUGCCGCGCUAUGCCCUCCACCGGCCAUGGCGCCUCGGGCGUGGCGGGCGGCAUGCGGCGCCGGCCGAUUGACGUCAACAAAAAGUUGCCGCUGAUGCGCUCGAACCAGGAGCUCGCGCUGGAUGAAGACGCGACGCUGGUGCAGAACGAUCAGGAGGAGGACACAAUCAACACCACCGAGCUGCAGACCAAGCUCAAGGACAUCCCCGUCCCCGUCUCCCUCCCGCAAGAGCGGAUCAAGCGCGAAGUCCCCUUCGUCCAGACCGCAAAGUACAUCGCGACCCCCGCCGCUAUCGCCAUCAAGGAGCGCGCCGGCGCCGAGGCGGGGUACGUGGACUGGGACAUCGACCCCGCCGGCUACGCCUUCUUCAAGACGCUCAACGACGGGAGCGCCGGGUACUCCGGCCCCGCCAUCGACGAGCCCGCCUUCGAGCGCGUGAUCGACACCUUCGAAAAGGCUGUCAAGGCCGACACGCUGCCGCCGCUGCCAGGCCUCGAGGCGGCCCUCGCCGCUGUCGUGCCCGACAAGGCGCUCGUCUCCCUCUCGUACAACUGGUGGGUGGGCCGGCGCAAGCAGCUGGCGAUGCCGCUCGUGCGCGCGCUGAGGCC